GCACUAUGCCGAGUAUAAAAAGAACGUACGAUAUCGUUGUUGCAUUGUCAAUCGUCUUUCGUCUGUUCAAUUGCUUGGACAUUCAGCUCCUUGUAAAACUUCAUCGAAACGCCUGUUAGGUUAACAUGAAAUUCGCAGUGGUUUUAACGAUCGCCGUGGCAUGUGCUAUGGCAGAGCCUCCAGCCACAAACAGCGGCCUGUCAGUCGAGGAUGGAAAAAAUGGCGUCGUAAAAAGAUCCCCCGUCUUUGGUUCUGGAAACCAAAACGCCGCAAAUCCUGUCGUGAGGAAACGCCGAGUCGGUGUCAUCAAUGGUAACGGACGAGUCAUUGAUCUUGAUGAUGACGAUCUGCGGUUUGUUACCACUGAUUUCACUGGUAGACAAGUAGCACUGACAUCGAAGCAAAAUCCAAUCUCGGUAGCUAACCGUGUUCCGGUUAGGACGUCUUUCCGCGGCUCUGGUUCCUCGGUCGGCAAGGCGACAGGUCACAUCGUAUUUGCCAACAGCGAUGACAGUUUAGAAAUAGAUGACCUCGACGAUAUCGAUGAUGUUGAUGAUUUGACAAUCAUUUCACCUGAUGGCCGGAUUUUUCCUUUCGCUAAUAGCCAGAACGGAGUUGGUAUUGUCUCUCAAUCUUCCGUCUUAAAUACCUUGACUUCGCCCAUUCCUACAGCCGCCCGCCAAACUAGGACAAAAUCAGGGGUCGCUCAAUCGAAGCGAGCUUCAUCAUCCACUUGCACUUGCCCUCCGCAACGAGAAAUUGUUAACCUCGUUCCGCAGAUGUUCCCCCGAACAAGGGGCUUUAUGCAAUUUAUGAGAUUUCCCAAACAGAGAUUUAUGCUUUCUUCUUUUCCUGGUGUCCAAUUCGUCUUCGACGAUUGAUUUAAUAUUUCAUAAUCAAGAGGAUUUAAUCUAAGCUGUUAAGCGGUGGGCGAAUUCACUUUCCAAUAGUGAUAUGGGGCAAUCUAUCCAUUAUUUUAAUCCAAUAGCUUUUGUAGUUGCUGAAAAUAAUAAAUACAAUGGCUAUUAUUUUGUAA